CUCCCUCUUUCUAUCGCACAUGGACGAAAAGCAUGGCGCAAUGUUUUUCCUUAUAUGGAAAACUCACAGGGGAGGCAUGCGUUUAUAGUAUAAGAAUAUUGAAACAAAAUAAAUAAUACUUGCUCUUGUUUAUAAAAAAAAAAUAAGACAUUCAUUUUUUUUAUUGGAUUCAUUCCUACUGGCUGACCCUCGCAGAAUAGCAUUUUCAACAAAAAGAUAAAGAAUGACUUUUGAUAAAAAGUGUUUUGGCAAACGCGAUCAGAAUGUAAGAAAUCAUGAAACUAAAAGUCUUUUUGAUUAUCUUUCUAAAAGUUGAAUAGCUAAAAAAGAUGAUAAUUGUUAGACAGGCGUCCGAUAAGUAUUGUAACUCAGGCUUCAUGUGGUGGUGAAACGGUACAGGAACGCGGUGCAUUUUGGAUACUACAUUCUCAUAGCACGCGCUCCUUCUGUCUUAAUUGAUGACAUCACUGCAACAACGCUGUUUCCAUAGGAGCGCAUAAAUCCGAGAAGCAAGAAAAGUUACCGGACACAAAAAAUGGGUUCCAAAAACACUUAUUUUGAGAUGGGAUAAUUUCCAAAAUGGACACAACAGCGAAAUUAUUGGAAAAAGGACAAAACUCAAGCAAGAUAAUAAUUCGACCAUCAUGGAUCUUAGAGGAAAGUCUACUGAGCUUGAGUUCAAAAUUUCCGUUGAUUCCUGGCUCGGAAGGCGCUGUGGUUUUCUGUACAACACCAUUGUCCCAUAAGUUGCAGCAGCGAUCCGAGGACGCAGAUUUUGAUCUGACGGACUCACACAGCAUGAGCCUCUCUCAAUACAACGUGCUUCAUGACAUACAUCUUAAAGACUAUUUCAAAAAUCCGAUCAUGUGCAGACGACUCAUCGAAAAAGGCUUUAUAACAGAAGAUGGUUAUGUGAAGUGCAAUUUGAUGGAGUUCAACGCCUACCGUCAGUGGAUUCGUAAGAUCAAACUUGACGAUUUGCACCAAGCGCGAAGAGCUCAACGUGCCCAGGAAGAGAAGAAGCGCAGAGAAAGAGAGUUGUACAAACAGCUGGUGCGAGAUAAGGAAGCGUACAGCAUCGUACGAAACCGUGAGGAGAAAGCCAAGGAGGCAGCUCUCAAGGCGCGCGAAAAACGCGAAAAAGACAGGAUCAAGUACAUCAAAAAGCAAGAAAGUGAUCUAAAGCGACGUGAGCAGUGGCAGAAGGAGAUGAAACAGAAGAAAGACGAACAAGUGGAUGAAAGGGAAAAACAGAGAGAGAAACAACGACAAGAAAAAAUGAUGAGAGAACAAAUGAGUCGCAAAAUCAAACUUCGUAUUGUACAAAAGCGAUCAGAGGACGACAAACGCCAAGAAUCUAACCAUAACAAGCGUAAGAAGUCAAUGAAGAAAAUAAGAGAGGAGAAGAUGAAAGAUCAGUGGAAACGGCGCUGUUCUAUAUCGCUUGCUCAUCUUGAACGGAAACAAAUGAAAGAAAUGCAACGAUUGGAGAGACGUCGCCAGAACAUUGAGAGACGCACAAGCACCGUACAGGAGCAUUCUGAGAAACAGCAAGCCGUUCUGGAGCAGUGUCUGAAGACCAGGAGAAACACCCUCUACCAGGAAUUCCUCAAGGCUGAAGAGUUUAUGCAGCACUUGCGAGAAAAGAAGGAAAGGGAACUGAAUGAAUGGCGCCAAAAGCACGAGCGUAUUCGCUCCCGAACCAACAGCCUCCCCGCCUUCAGACGUUCCCAUCCGCGCAAUUCUGACUCCAGCUUAAAUGAGAUGCACCGGAGGAGAUGGUCUGCUCCAGAAAAGCAUCCCCGAUAUCGUAGCAGGUUGAAGAGUGUGUGGGACGUGGAAGGUGCUCUACUCAGGGACUUCGAGGCUGGUCAACUCUUCCCAUCAGAGCUAAAGGGAUUACAAGUAAGCCUACCCUCCAAAGAUGGCAGGGAGCCGGAGGAAGCGCGUAUUACCUUCCGAGAUCUGUCUCCUCCUAUUCUUGAGAAAGUAGAGGAACAAGAGGAAGAGAAGGUGAUGUCAUCCGAUAUGUCUCUUCCAGUAUCAUUAUCUACCUCAUCGUCUAACCAGAGAAAGAUCAAGGAAAAAAAGGCUCCUAACCUUCAAGAGGUGCGCUCUCUCGUGGGCAGCAUUAUUGCCAACGCCUUCGAUGCCAUCGAAGAGGAUCAACGUAAGCAGGUAAAGUGCAUGGUCGGUGACAUUGUCAAAGCUGCAAUUGCGGAGGUGGAGCGAGAAGAAGAUGACGGAGUACUUAAACUUGAGACCAGAAGACAAGUGCGACGGUGCGUGCUUGAUAUCAUCGACUCGGCCAGCUUGAAGUUAGAUAGGGAAAUUGAGGAAAAACGGAGCUCGGACCGGGUGUCUGCAGCCAGUGACGAGGAUAUCGUUGCUGCAGCCAGAGAACUGGUGUCCGCCUUAGUUGCCUACGGGAAAGAGCUAGUUCAUGGGGACACGGAGAGAAAGUCUUUAUUGUCUCAAGAAAGCGAUGAUGUUCAAAUGAUCGAGCUUGCUCAUGAGAUUGUCAGUGGGGCAAUUGAAAGAGCCGAGGAGCGGCCGAAGAAGAUGAAUGAGCCAACACAAGUUGUGGGCUGGAGUAGAGAGGAUGAAGUCGAUAGCAAGGCGAGAUCUGUGGUUUCGAAAGCUAUUCUUUCUGCAGUAAACUCUCUUGAAAGGUUUCACCAAACCGAGACUAACCUCAUGGAGGCAGCAACUGGUCUUAUGAACGCAGCAUUGAUUACCGCAAAGGAAUCUCUGGAAACUUGCUACGGAGUGACACCUGCGCUUGAAGAUCUCAUGUCUCGUGCAGCCUGGAGACUGGCAAAUCAAGCUAUGAUCUCCGCAAAGAAUUCUCUUGACCGUCUUCAUGAAAAGCAAGUCUCUAGAAUUGCAGAGGAAUUAGCAACUGACGCCAUAGUAUCAGCAACGAACUCUUUGGCGAGGAUGGAGGAACAGGCAUUCCAGAAUGCUGCGGAAUCCUUAGCCAUGGAAGCGCUGCUAUCUGCCAAAAAAGCUUUACAGAUGGUUGAUGAACAAGAGCAUGUUUCAAAACAGCUGACUGAAACCGCUGUACUCGAAGCGCAGGCAUCCAUCGAGAGAGCGUAUAGUGGUUUAUGUGAGGCUGAACAAUUAGCUAGGGAUGCUUUGGCAUCAUCUGAACAAGGUCUUAGUAGUCUGUAUGCUGCCGAAGGGCGUAACCUAGCAAACGUAACGGCGAGCAAGUCCCUAGACCAAGUAAGCUCGAUGAGCGAAGCACAAGACGAAGCGGUGACACUCCUGUCCGAUGACAGCGACUUUGAGUUCUUGACCCACGAAGAGGCUAUGCUUGCUGAAAUAGAGAUUGAGGAAGAAGACAGCUCAGAACACGAGGUUUACAUGGAUGAGAACGUAGUACUUCAUGCUGCCAGGUUCGUGAAUGAUAUUAUUGACAACGCUUAUGAUAUCGUGAAGGAGGAAAUGAUACAUGAUUACUUUCACCCAUCCUCAAACCGUCGCCGUAAAUCAUCCGUGCGGUUCAGUGUGCAGGACGUCAUGAAAGGACGCAGGGAAAGCAAUGUCCCAAGAGAGUCGGACUUCCUUAGUGUUUUAAACCGUCCACCAACUCCAAGGUUCUUGGGACAUCGCAAACGAACAGAUUCAUUAGCCGACGAGGAUUUUGACGAAGAGAAAUUGGGGAUUAUCGAUGACGAUGAUGAGAGGGAGGACAUAGGGGCUUUAAGUUUAGACAACGAGCCAAUGCCACUAAGACAUUCAGCUCGUCGUUUCAGCUCAGACCAUGCUAUGGAUGCCAGAAGGAAAAAAGUUACUUUUAAGACCACGACAUCACUUUCUGAUUCUAAGCUAAGGAGAUCUAAGGAGUGUAGCAACCUUUUACAAGCAAUGCUUGGUAGUGUACAACCGAAUGAAGUAGAAGGUGAGGCUGGCAGGCAAGAAGCAGCAUGCCCUUAUGACACGCUUUUGUCCAUGACAAACACUCCCGAGCCAAGGGAGAAGGGUAGUCGACCACCAAGUCACAUUUCACAGACUGAAUCAGAUUCGUCCAAACACGACACGGCAGCGUGUAGCAUAGCCAAGGAUGCCUCUUCGUAUGUACUUCUGCCACGAAUACCAUCUCCUGACAAGAAGAUAUAUACAACCAUUGCCGAGCAAAUGGAAGACGAAUCACGGACUUGUUUCCCUGUUGUCUCGCCGACAACGUCCCUGGUCAUGGAGCAAGAGUUACAGAAAAUACAGCAAAAGGAAGCUGAGGCGAAACAGAGAACCUCAUCUCGGGGCAGUAAUAGUACAAGCCUACCAAGAAUAUCCCCGUCUGGGUCAGUGGUUGAGUCCAGAAGAAUGACUACAACACCGACGCUGCAAAUGGCGUCAAAGCAAAGAUCAAUAGUCGAUAAUAAACAUAUUCCGUCGCCACCAAAAUCGCCAUCGAGACCACAAGUUUCUACGAGCUUUUUAGAUGCUACCGCGAAAGUCACACCUAAGGCUUCGACUGACGCAGCUAAAGUUACACCGAAGGCUUCGGCAGACACAGCUAAAGUGACGCCUAAGGCUUCGACAGACACAGCUAAAGUGACGCCAAAGGCUUCGACUGACGCAGCUAAAGUUACACCGAAGGCUUCGGCAGACACAGCUAAAGUGACGCCUAAGGCUUCGACAGACACAGCUAAAGUGACGCCAAAGGCUUCGACUGACCCAGCUAAAGUUACACCGAAGGCUUCGACAGACACAGCUAAAAUGACGCCUAAGGCUUCGACUGACGCAGCUAAAGUUACACCGAAGGCUUCGACAGACACAGCUAAAGUGACGCCAAAGGCUUCGACUGACGCAGCUAAAGUCACACCUAAGGCUUCGACUGACGCAGCUAAAGUUACACCGAAGGCUUCGACAGACACAGCUAAAGUGACGCCAAAGGCUUCGACUGACGCAGCUAAAGUUACACCGAAGGCUUCGGCAGACACAGCUAAAGUGACGCCUAAGGCUUCGACAGACACAGCUAAAGUGACGCCAAAGGCUUCGACUGACCCAGCUAAAGUUACACCGAAGGCUUCGACAGACACAGCUAAAAUGACGCCAAAGGCUUCGACUGAUGCAGCUAAAGUUACACCGAAGGCUUCGACUGAUGCAGCUAAAGUGACGCCAAAGGCUUCGACUGACGCAGCUAAAGUUACACCGAAGGCUUCGGCAGACACAGCUAAAGUGACGCCUAAGGCUUCGACAGACACAGCUAAAGUGACGCCAAAGGCUUCGACUGACCCAGCUAAAGUUACACCGAAGGCUUCGACAGACACAGCUAAAGUGACGCCAAAGGCUUCGACUGAUGCACCUAAAGUUACACCGAAGGCUUCGACUGAUGCAGCUAAAGUGACGCCAAAGGCUUCGAUUAAUACAGCAAAAGUCGCACUGAAGGUUUCAACUGAGGCAGGUAAAGUUACACCGAAGGCUUCGACUGAUGCAGCUAAAGUUACACCGAAGGCUUCGACUGAGGCAGCUAAAGUUACACCGAAGGCUUCGACUGAUUCAACUAAAGUCACACCGAAGGCUUCGACUGAUGCAGCUAAAGUUACACCGAAGGCUUCGACUGAUGCAGCUAAAGUUACACCGAAGGCUUCGACUGACGCAGUUAAAGUUACCUCAAAGGCUUCGACUGAUUCAACUAAAGUCACACCGAAGGCUUCGACUGAUGCAGCUAAAGUUACACCGAAGGCUUCGACUGAUGCACCUAAAGUUACACCGAAGGCUUCGACUGAUUCAACUAAAGUGACGCCAAAGGCUUCGAUUAAUACAGCAAAAGUCGCACUGAAGGUUUCAACUGAGGCAGGUAAAGUUACACCGAAGGCUUCGACCGAUGCAGCUAAAGUUACACCGAAGGCUUCAACGGAUACAGCUAAAGUUACACCAAAGGCUUCGACUGAUACAGCUAAAAUAACACCGAAGGCUUCGACUGAUGCAGCUAAAGUAACACCGAAGGCUUCGACGGAGGCAACAGAAAUGACACAAAAGUUUUCAAAUGUCCCAGCGACAGUUGCACUAAAAUCAUCUAACGUAGAAGCGAAGAUCACACCAAAAUCAUCCACUGACGCAGCAAGACUCAUUCCUAAAGCAUCAAAAUCAUCAACUGGUUCUGUAAACGUUAAGUCAAGGUCAUCUACCAACGCAACCCAAAUAACACCAAAGGCUUCGACUGGUACACAGAAGGUGAGACAUAAGUCGUCGACUGACGCGGUGAAGAAAGUCACUCCAAAGGCUUCGACUGAUGCAGCUAAAGUGGCUUCAAAGUCGUCAACUGCUACAAAUAAAGUAACCCCGAAGGUUUCAACGGUGGCAGCUAAAGUUAGAGCAAAGGUAUCCACUGAUGCAGUUGAUGUCACAUCAAAGCCUUCGACUGAUGCUGCUAAAGUCACACCCAAGACUUCGACUGAUGCAGUAAAAGUCACACCAAAAGCUUCGAAUGAUUCAGCUAAGGUUACAUCUAAGACUUCGACUGAUGCAGCUAAAGUGACCCCAAAGGCUUCGACCGAUGCAGCUAAAGUUACACCUAAGGCUUCCACUGAUGCAGUUAAAGUCACACCGAAGGCUUCGAUUGGUGCAGCUAAAGCCAUACCGAAGGCUUCGACUGAUGCAGCUAAUUCCAGAACUACAGCUGCCAAAACUAAAAGCAUCUCGCCAAAGGUAUCUAGUGAAUCAACACAGCUAAAGUCAAAAUCAUCUAUGGACGUUUCGCAAAACAAAUCCUUAAAUGUGUCAACAGUAGAAGUUUAUUCGAUGUCAGAGUCAGCUAUAGAGACAGUGAAGGGGGAUCGGCAAUCUAAUGAACUUAUCAAAUCCUCAAAAUCAGUCUCAAAAGACAACGCUAGAGUUAUUUCCUCUGUGGAGAAGACUUCAAAGACCUCGCUGAAAUCAUCAAUUAAUAUAAUGGUCUCAAACAAGGGUCCAAAACACAAUUCAGAAAUGUCAUCAACUACAUCUGUGGAGAAAACAAAAAGUCAAAGUAAAAGAUCACUUGAAGCUACUAAAGUAUCACCUGAGCUAUCAUUUGAAACUACUAAGGAUUCAAAACAAAAUCUCUUAAAAGUUUCAUUAUCACGAGGUAAAGCUGAAUCCCCCAAACCAUCUUCCAGCGAUAUAGUCAACACGUUUCAAAGUGAUGAAAGGGCGUCCUUUUCGUCGGAAGAUCGAAGGCCUUCCAGGAGACCUUCUCAUAGUAGUCAAACCUUUGGUGAACAAGCAAGGCGUGACACUUUGACAAUUACUCCAAUUAAACCAUCUUCUCCUAAGCGAUCACCGAACGGAUCUCUAACAGACGUGGAGACGCCGGCCUCUGCGAAAGUUAAUAGCACGCGCUCAGAUGACAAGCUUAUUCCUUCAGUUCUUGUUCAACAGCCUAACACACCCCCAAACGAAGAUAAUCUUAUUGAUAGCGCGAUGAGAGAACGUCUUGUUGCAGAAUUGGAAGAGAUAAAGAAAAGCAUGGAGACAGACACACAACAAGGAGAUGGUCCGACAAGCGACGAAAAGACCUCUGGCAAGUCCCCCUCAAAACAUAGCAUGCCGACAGUUGGUUUAGAGUUCUCCCCAAACAAACCAGCCUCGAAGAGAUUUUCCACCGGCUCACUGCGGUCACGAAAGUCUAAGGGAUCGGUGGAGAAGGUAGAUAAGACAGAGGGAGGAUCUCCUAAAACAGUCCUGUCUUCUACAUUUGAGGUCAAGGGUAAGGGCCUGGGCUCCCAGCCUGAAAGUCGAAGCAUCCCCUCUUCCCCUCCUUUUGCGAGCCCGAAAUCAUCAUCUGUGAUGCAGCAGCCCCGCAAGAUGUCAUCCCGUAGCCUGGCGACAGCUCUUUCUGAGGGCGUUAUCGUAACACCGCUACAGCCAAGUCCACCAGACACUCCAAAGCCGAAGCGAACUACCCAUAGACGCUCUCUUCUAAAGAUGACGUCAUCCGAUGAAAAAGUCAAGGAGACGCAGUCGGAGACAAGCCUAGCAAGUUUAAAGCUGAGCAAUCAGGAAAUACUUCCUCAUAAGGCAUCGACAGCAUGGAUGAAGGACAGUGUUUUGUCCAAUAACAGCCUUACUAUUCAACCAAGUCCGCCAAAGUCACCACCAUCGCGACCUAAAUCUUCCCCAAGUCAAUCUCAACAGGAGAAAAUUGACUCAGUGCGCAUGCUCGAACCAACGUCAUCAUCCGAGCACGGAGCGUUCACAGAGGAAGAAGAAUGCAUGCGAGAUGACGGGCAAACACUUCAUUAGAUCCUGGCAUUCUACUGAUUUAAUAUUUUCUUUGAGAGAACCCAAUGUUACUUUCUUAGUUAAAAACGUCUUUCCCUAAAAUCUCACUCGUUUUUUAAUUAGCUUAUAAAUGAAUCCUGAUAAACAUUAACCAUUAAAACAACACAACUCAA